AUGCAUGCACGAUUAAAGUUUCUGUUCACAAGCAUACACAAUUCAUGGAUAUAUUUUCUUGGUUGGUUGAUUUUCCGUUUGGUACAGGACAAUUUCUCUUAUUCUUACCUUUUCCCCACUUCAGGUGAUGCAUACGACUACAAGAACCUGCUCGCGUCGGGUGUCGAUGGAGAUGCCGCAGCGCUGCCCGCAUCACACCUGAACCUCGCCGACGUUGCAGGGAACAGGCGUCCUUUUGCGCCGCCAGCGCCGAAGGUGCCCCCACCACCACACCAUCUCCACGGAGAUGGCGCGCAUGAGCAGCAUAGGUCUCCGCCGGCGUCGACCUCCACUGAACCUGCACCACCGCGUGAUUACAGUCGCCAACAGGCUGAAGCUGCAGGACACCAACCGAUGAUGGAUGUAUCUCGCGCGUUUCUCCAAGCGAUCAUGGGAUAUGUGACGAAAAUGUAA